AUGAAGAUUUCAGGAGAAAGAACUCCAAAAAAGAAAAAGAAACGCGAAAUGAGAUCACAGAAAGAAAUUUUUAUUUUUAUUCAUGACUUGGAAAAUAUUUUUGCUGGCAUAACAAGCUUAGUUAGACAUUGGACAAUAUUUUCUUCGAAAAGAACUGAAGUUGCAUGUGCUGAAAUGACUUACGGCAAUAUGGAAAUUUCAAUGAAUAAAAAGAAGUUUUCAUAA